AUGGCGUCGUCUAAUAUACUACGCAUCGAAUUCCUGAAUAAGGACAAUUACGAUACGUGGAUGAUCCAGAUGGAAGCGAUCCUCAUUAAGAACGAUGCAUGGGCGUACGUCAACGGAGAGAAAGUAAAACCCGAAGUAAACGACAAUGACGCCGCAUCGAGGGAGGCAGCGCGGAAAUGGGAAAUCGAGGAUAGGAAGGCAAAAUCUGAUAUCAUAUUGUCAAUCAAACCGUCCGAGCUGAAACAGGUAAAAGCAUGCACCACAUCUCGAGAAGUCUGGCAGAAGCUGAAGUCGAUCUACCAGUCGAGUGGCCCCGCACGAAAAGCUACAUUGUUGAAGAAACUUAAGCCGG